UCCGCAUGUUCAGUCCUGCCCUCCUCCGUUCCCACAUCGCGCGGUGCGCUCUGAUCGGCAGACCAGAGGAGCGCAGCGUCCUCCGCCUUCGCACACUUCUGUCAGAGCGUGAAACGUUUUGGCGUGAAACGUUUCCCACGGCUUCCUGUUAUUGCCUCCCAGCGUCCCAGAUAUCAACCAAAAAGAUUCUGGAAGGAAACUUGUGAAACCACAAGAAAGCUUGUCAUCAAAGCAACACUUUUUUUGUUUCCACCAGCGUACGUACCAAGAGACGGAAGAAUGCCUGACCGCAGGACUCUUUGACGCUUUGUGGAUCUAACUUCAUAACCCGGAAAAAGGCAGAAAAACAAACAAGUCUUCCACUCCUGGGGAACCCCAACAUUGAGCCCCGUUUCUACCCAAAGCUGCCCCACUUUCCACUGCAGGAAUGUUUAGCGUGUACCAAAACAACCAAGUCCUCAUCGAGCACUACAAAUACACAGGCAAGCUGAAUGGGACCAACGGGAAGAAAUACACGGACGGACUCAAACCGGAAUCCAUUGCUUUCCUGCUGGUCUGCCUGCUUAUUGUUGCAGAGAACGCUGUGGUGCUCAUUGCCAUCUGGAAGAACAAGAAGUUCCACAUCCCCAUGUACUAUUUACUGGGCAACUUGACUCUCUCAGACCUGCUUGCCGGUUUGACCUACAUGAUAAACAUCAUGACGUCCGGUUCCAACACCUUGAGCAUGACUCCCUUGCUGUAUUUCCUGAGGGAGGGCUGUGUGUUUGUCAUGCUAGCUGCUUCCAUCAUCAGCCUGCUGGCCAUCGCCAUAGAGCGCCACGUCACCAUGGUGAGGAUGAAGCCGUACCAGGGUCACAAGCAGGGUCGGAUGUUUGCUCUGAUUGGAGCCAGCUGGGUGCUGUCGGUGUUUCUCGGCGUCCUUCCGGUCUUGGGCUGGAACUGCAUCAACCAGCUGGAGAAAUGCUCCACCGUCCUGCCGCUGUACGCCAAAAGCUACAUCCUCUUCUGCAUCACCGUCUUCAGUGCCAUCCUCAUGUCCAUCGUGGUGCUGUACGUGCGAAUCUUCCGCAUAGUGAAGUCCAACACUCAGCGCCUCGCCACGGUUCCCCAGCGCAAGGGUCUCUACCGCAAGUCGCAGAAGUACAUAGCCCUCCUGAAAACCGUCACCAUAGUCCUGGGGGUGUUCAUUGCGUGUUGGUCGCCCCUGUUCAUCCUGUUCCUGCUGGACUUCAGCUGUGAGGUCAAAAGCUGCAAGGUGCUCUUCAAGGCAGAUUACUUCCUGGGCAUCGCUGUGUUCAACUCCCUCCUCAACCCCAUCAUCUACACACUGACCAGCAAGGACAUGCGGAAGGCCAUCCUGAAACUGCUCUGCUACCGUUGCCUCCUGAACGCAGACGGGAGGAUGAAGAAAUUCGGCCUGGCCUUCCUGGACUUCAGCACCACUAAGACGGACGCGGCGUCUCACAGACUGGAGGGUCUGGAGACGACGGUGUCUUCUGGGAACCUUCCUUCAACUAUUAAAGCUAUUUAUCCAAGGAUAUCCAAGAUAUAACACUCUGACUCAGAACUGAGAGCAGGCAUGUGAACUGAAAUGUGCUUCUAUCUGUGCUAAAGACUCGUAUUUAAGCAAACAUUGGAAGGAGAAAAACUGUGUUGCACUUUGAAAUGGUUCUACUUUUAAAUGAUCUAUGUUUGUAAAGCUGGGAGAAAGAACCGUUUUGUUGGAUUUAUAUUUAUACCACUUCUCUAUAGAUACCCAUGCCUUCGUCGUAGCUCAAAGCUUGUUUUUUAGAGCCUAGCAUUACCAUUGUCAAGACUUUUAAACAAAGCCAGUGGUGAUCAGAGAGAGAGUUCUGAGAGAUAACCCAAAUGGUCUGAUAAGUUCUUGAAAAAAACAAAACCGAAAAAACAAACAAGAAAGCCAAGCCUGUGUGUUGACGUUUCACAGCAUCUGUAAUGUGCAUCUGACGAUGGGGAAAAACCCCAAGCUCAAGAUUUAGGGUUAGAGUUAUCUCCCGCUGCCUUUGUAGCAUAUAAUGACACGUUGUCGUGAUCACGGAGCAUCCACACCCAAAAAGUGACGGCUGCCAAAACCGUUUAAUCUCUGCCUUGUGAGUUUUGGUCAGCGCCGAGGCCGGGGACAUCAGAGGCCCCAGAGACGCUCCGAAGACGUCAGACUGAGGGGCCGGGCUGGGUGGCUUUUCAGCUUUGGAGGUCCCACCAACACAUGUAGCAACACACGACCAGUGCCUUAAAGCAAUAAAAGCUGACAGCCGAGGCUUGGCGACGCCUUUUUGGCUUUUGCAGACUGGAACGUGGCAGCAGAACGUUUCGGCUUUACAGAUAAGUCAUUUCUUUUCGGAGGAGGCUCGUCUUUAUUCUGUGAAAUGAUGUGUAAGGAGGACUGUUUUCUUUCUCUUAGUGAAACUUUAUCUCAGAUGUCCGUACCCCGACAUGAUGGGAUUAUUUGUGAAAAAAUGCAAAGAUGUAAUUCUAAUUACCUAUAGUUAGUAUAUUUUGUAAAUGUGUGUAGCCUCUGUGAGUUGUGUGUUCUUUUAUACAAGCCCUACUUAAAUUAUGCCAGUUUUAUAUGUGCACUGAAUAAACAUAUGUGAAUGAUUUUUA